UAUGGUCGCUGUAAAAACAUAUAGUUCGCGAAUUCAGUUGUAUAGUGUUGUGUCAAAUUUACUGUUCUAGAAUUUUUUAUAUAAUCUUUUUAUCUGCUACUUACGUUAUAAGUUGUUUUGUAAAGUGUGCGACUUUUUCUCGUUAUAUAUAUAAACAGUUUAAUUAAAAGGUAAAAAUGGAUUGUUUUGAUUCAAGACGACCAUCUUGUAACACGUGGAAAUUCGGAUACAUUCCUCGAAGGCGUUGUUUAAGGUAUUUAAAAACAGCAUUCGGAUUAUUAGACAGAAAUUGUGAUGGACGUGUUACGGCUAGUGAAUUACAAUUCAUGCUACAAAAUCUUGGUAUACACAUUCGAGAUGAAGUUAUAGAUGAAUUAAUCAAGGAAGCUAGCAAUUCAGGAAAUGGUCGUAUUGAUGAAACAGAAUUUCUACAAUGGAUAAGUCGGAUACAAGCAUUAAGUCAUGAAGCAGACGAUGAAGGUGAUUCAGAUGAUGGUACAAAAGAUUUAAUAGCAGCAUUCCGAGUUUUUGAUCGUGAUCGUAAUGGUUAUAUAACAAUGGAUGAAUUACGAUCAGCAAUGGAUAUGAUUGGUGAACCAGUUACAGACGCUCAACUUAGUGAUUUAUUAUCAAUUGCUGAUGUUGAUAAGGAUGGUAAAAUUAAUUAUGAAGAAUUCGUUCGAUUGCUACUAUAAAUCCAGAAUAAUUUGAAAAAAUCGAAAAGUACCUUUUUUGUAAAUAAAAUAA